CGUCUAUAAUAUUCAUAGGUCCAACCGAUUUUCAAAAUCAGCGCCAUGGAAACAACCUCACUGAGAAUUCUCGGCCUCAACCGCCACCUCAAAACGGCGCCGUCCGCUCUUUUUCUCUCCCCCAAAUUUCACCGACCUCAAAAACCCUCACUUGCGUUUCCCAAUUUCCGGCAAAACGACGCCGUGAAGAGAAUCCCUUCUGCCCUUUUUCUCUCACAUUCUCACUCCUCCUUCUCUUCCUGGAAUCCAAACCCUUUCAAAUUCAACCCCUCAAUUUCCCAAUCUCCAUUUCCGAUCACCAAUUUCAACCACUCCCUGUCGUACCGAAACGACGCCGGUUUCAGAUGGAACCGAGCGUUCCACAGCGGCGUUGACGGAAAUGUGGGGUCUUUGGGGGCCCAAAAGCGGGAAGUGACGGUGGUGUUGCUGGGCUGGCUUGGGGGUCAGACCAAGCACCUGAAGAGGUACGUGGAGUGGUACAAUUCCCGAGGCUUUCACGCUGUGACGUUUGUUGUGGACGUCAAGGAGGUGCUCUGGUUUGAUUUGGGCCGCCGGGUUGAGAAGCGGGUCGCGGAGCUGGCCCAUGAGCUGGCUUCGUGGGUUGAGGGCGGCGGAGAACGGUGUUUGGUGUUUCACACUUUUAGCAAUACGGGUUGGUUUGUAUAUGGUGCAAUACUUGAAAUUUGGCUGGAUAGACCAGACUUGAUCAAGAAGAUUAAAGGGUGUAUUGUUGAUUCAGGAGCUGGAGCCCCUUUUGAUCCUAAGGUGUGGGCAGCAGGAUUCUCUACUGCGAUUAUGAAGAAACGCAGCUCUUUAGCAAAACCUGCGGUUGAGACUAAAGAAUUAAAUGCCUCUGGAGGUGCAGCGAGCUUGUCAAAGGUGCAAGAAGAGGAACCUCCAGCAAUUGAAACCAUGCUUCUGUUGGUAUUAGAGAAGCUGUUCUCACUCAUUCUGAAGUUGCCUGAUGUGGAUAAGAGGUUAACCAAGGUAGUUUCUGUCCUCUCGACAAACCCUCCUCAUUGUCCACAGCUUUACCUGUACAGUACAGGUGAUAAAGUCGUCCCACACCAAUCCAUCGAAUCCUUCAUCGCAGAGCAAAGGCAGAUAGGUAGACCCGUGAAGUCCUUCAAUUUUGGCACAUCUCCUCACGUCGACCAUUACAGGACUUUUCCCAACAUAUACUCUCAAGAGCUUAACAAUUUCUUGAAAGAAUGCUUGGCUACAACAGUUAAGCAGACGUAAACUUGUUCAAAUGCAGAUUGUGUAGAAUAAUAAUAGUCUGUCCAUCACCGCUGGGUGUUGUGGCAAUAGGAAGAACCUCUUUCUGUAACUUCACCAAACUCAUUUUUGAGGUUAUAAAUCAGUUCACUUUUUGUAGCAAAAAU